AUUUCUUAAAUCUACUGCAGCACACCCCAUCCCUCUCUUCAAAGACAAAUUUUUUUCUUCGUCAAAAAUCUUUCAUUUUUUUCUAUAUGGCUGUUGAUAAUGCUCUUUCAUCACCUUUGGGUCCUCCAGCGUGUGAGAAAGAUGCUAAAGCUCUUCAAUUCAUUGAGGAAAUAACUAGAAAUACUGACUCGGUUCAAGAGGAUGUUUUGGCUAAAAUCCUGAUCCAAAACGCUGAGGUCGAGUACUUAAAACGGUUCAACCUUGAUGGUGCAACUGACCGUGAGACUUUUAAGUCUAAAUUACCCAUGAUCAGAUACGAGGAUCUUCAGCCUGAAAUCCAACGAAUUGCUAAUGGUGAUCGCUCUUCCAUCUUAUCAACUCACCCCAUCUCAGAAUUCCUUACUAGUUCUGGGACAUCUGCUGGCGAAAGAAAGCUCAUGCCAACAAUUAAGCAAGAGCUGGAUCGUCGCCAAUUACUGUAUAGUUUACUCAUGCCAGUAAUGAACCUUUACGUGCCUGGCUUAGACAAAGGCAAAGGCUUAUACUUCUUGUUCGUGAAAUCUGAAACAAGAACCCCAGGAGGUCUCCUGGCUCGUCCGGUGCUUACGAGCUAUUACAAGAGUGACCACUUCAAGACACGUCCAUAUGAUCCUUACAAUGUGUACACCAGCCCAAAUGAGGCCAUUCUUUGUGCAGAUUCAUUCCAGAGCAUGUACACUCAGAUGCUCUGUGGCCUUCUAGAGCGUGAACAAGUGCUCAGGGUCGGUGCAGUCUUUGCUUCCGGCCUUCUCCGUGCCAUAAGAUUUCUCCAACUUCAUUGGCGGGAACUUGCUGAUGAUAUCAAGUCAGGAAUGCUAAACAAGGAAAUAACUGACCCUUCCGUCAAAGUUUGCAUGGUAAAGAUUCUGAAGCCAAACCCAAAGCUUGCAGAGUUUGUCAGAAUGGAGUGUAGUAAGGAAAACUGGGAAGGGAUCAUUACAAGAAUUUGGCCUAACACCAAAUAUCUUGAUGUGAUUGUCACUGGAGCCAUGGCCCAAUAUAUCCCUACCCUCGACUACUAUAGUGGUGGUUUACCUUUGGCGUGCACUAUGUAUGCCUCAUCAGAAUGUUACUUUGGGUUAAACCUGAAUCCAAUGUGCAAGCCAUCAGAAGUUUGUUACACAAUCAUGCCAAAUAUGGCUUACUUCGAGUUUUUACCCCACGAUCCUGCUGGGUUCACUCAUGAUUCAACUCCAAAACUUGUUGACCUUGCUGAUGUUGAGUUGGGUAAGGAAUACGAGCUUGUUAUCACAACCUAUGCCGGUUUAUACAGGUACCAAGUUGGUGACAUCCUUCGAGUUACCGGGUUCCACAACUCAGCCCCUCAAUUUCAUUUCGUAAGGAGGAAGAAUGUAUUGCUUAGUAUUGACUCGGACAAAACAGAUGAAGCUGAGUUACAAAAGGCAGUUGAGAACGCAUCACAACUUCUACGUGAAUUCAACACAAGUGUUGUUGAAUACACUAGCUAUGCUGAUACAAAGACAAUUCCUGGACACUAUGUGAUUUACUGGGAAUUAUUGGUCAAAGACUCAGCCAACUCUCCUAGUGACGAAGUGCUAAACCAAUGUUGCCUUGCUAUGGAAGAAUGUUUGAACUCAGUGUAUCGACAAGGCCGAGUUGCAGAUUACUCGAUUGGACCACUCGAGAUACGUGUGGUAAAAAAUGGUACAUUUGAGGAGCUGAUGGAUUAUGCAAUUUCAAGAGGGGCAUCCAUCAAUCAGUAUAAGGUUCCAAGGUGCGUCAAUUUUACUCCAAUCAUGGAGUUGCUUGAUUCAAGGGUUGUAUCCAAGCAUUUCAGCCCAGCUUUGCCAUACUGGACACCGGAAAGAAGAAGGUGAUUUCUUUGGGCACCAACCAAAAUCAAGUCUCCAUUGGUGUGUAGAAUAAUAAUAUUAGAGUACUUAUUAAUGUUAGAUUAAUCCUUAAUGUGUGUGUGUGUGCGCGCGUGUUUUUUUUUCAUUUGAAUGAGGAGUAGCUUUUGUGACAAAAGGUUAAAGGGCAUUUUGAUUAGGAUGUGUCAGGGUCAGGUUUUGUGUUUUGGUUCAGCUAACCUGUGGAAAUGAUCUGACCUUGACUGAGAUGUUUGUCUAGUGCAUGAAAUGUUUCUUUCAGAUGCGGUGGACCGUGUAUUUUUUUUUA